AUGCGCUCGUGGUGGGGGAAGUCUUCAUCCAAAGAGGACAAGAAGAGAGGAAACAAGGAAAGUUUCAUUGAUACAAUAAAUAGGAGAUUGAAGAUUACAUCAGAAGAAAAGGGCAACAGUAGAUCAGGAGGAUCUCGGAGACAUUGCAAAGAUACUCUUUCAGAAAGGGGCUGUUUAUCCCGCGUUCCAUCAAGAUCACCAUCGCCCUCCACACAUGUAUCACGUUGUCAAAGUUUUGCUGAAAGGCCUCAGGCUCAGCCACUUCCACUCCCUGGGGGUCACCAUACUAGAAUUGGGCGUAUUGAUUCUGGAAGUGGUGCUUCAAGGAAACCGGGAUUGGAUGGAGGUGACAAGCCAUUGCAUUUGCCUCUUCCACCACCAGGACAUGUCCCUAAUAGGCUGGACCAAGCAGAUACAUUGGGGAAUAUAGCCACUGCUUCUGUGUCCAGUGAUAGCUCCAUCGAUAGUGAUGACUUGUCUGACUCACGUGUCCUUAGCCCUCUCACAUCUGACCAUGAAAAUGGGAACAGAACAGCUGUGAACAGCCCUCCAAGCAUGAUGCAACAGGAUCAAUCCCCUAUUGUAAAUAAAAAGAUCUCGAGAGAAAUUUUGAAACCUGCUAAUUUACCUGUAAAUAAUCAGAUUUUGUCUACCCCACCAAAACGAGCAAUUUUUAGCUCUCAAGUGCAGAAUUUGCAGAUUCCUCAUCGAGGAGCAUUCUUCAGUGCUCCAGACAGCUCAAUGUCGAGUCCUUCUAGAAGCCCAAUGAGAGCAUUUGGCGCUGAGCAACUUAUCAACAAUGGUUUGUGGGCAGGAAAGACUUACUCAGAUAUUGGCUUACUAGGAUCUGGACAGUGCUCAAGUCCAGGUUCAGGUUAUAAUUCUGGGCAGAACUCGAUAGGCGGAGAUAUAUCAGGACAGCUUCUUUGGCCAAACAGUAGAUGCAGUCCUGAGUGUUCUCCAUUACCUAGCCCCAGAAUGACCAGCCCAGGUCCCAGCUCCAGAAUACACAGUGGUGCUGUCACUCCUCUUCACCCACGAGCUGUAGGAGUUACCACAGAGUCGCCUACAAGCCGGCCUAAUGAUGGAAAGCAACAAAGCCACCGCUUGCCCCUUCCCCCGAUAACAAUCUCUAACACCUGUCCUCUUUCUCCUACCUAUUCAACUGCAACAUCUCCUUCAGUGCCUCGAAGUCCUAAUAGGAUGGAGAAUCCAACGAGUCCUGGUUCACGCUGGAAGAAGGGUCGUUUGCUCGGGAGAGGCAGUUUUGGAGAUGUAUAUCUUGGGUUUAACAGUGAAAGCGGUGAGAUGUGUGCAAUGAAGGAGGUAACUCUAUUUUCAGAUGAUGCAAAAUCAAAGGAAAGCGCACAGCAGCUGGGACAGGAAAUUGUGCUUCUGAGUCGCUUACGACAUCCUAAUAUAGUGCAGUAUUAUGGAUCUGAAACGGUGGAUGACAAAUUAUAUAUAUACUUGGAGUUUGUGUCUGGUGGCUCCAUCUAUAAACUUCUUCAAGAAUAUGGCCAAUUUGGCGAAAUAGCUAUUCGUAGUUACACACAACAAAUCUUGUGUGGGCUUGCUUAUUUGCAUGCUAAAAACACUGUCCAUAGAGACAUCAAAGGAGCUAAUAUUCUGGUCGAUCCCACAGGCCGUGUGAAACUGGCAGAUUUUGGGAUGGCAAAGCAUAUAUCUGGGCAGUCUUGUCCAUUAUCAUUCAGAGGAAGCCCAUACUGGAUGGCACCUGAGGUGAUAAAGAAUUCAAAUGGUUGUAAUCUUGCUGUGGAUAUAUGGAGCCUUGGGUGCACUGUUUUGGAGAUGGCAACAACAAAACCACCUUGGAGCCAGUAUGAAGGGGUUCCUGCUAUGUUUAAGAUUGGAAAUAGCAAGGAACUUCCAGAAAUUCCUGAUCAUCUGUCAGAUGAUGGAAAGCACUUUGUGAGGCAGUGUUUGCAACGGAACCCAUCACAUCGCCCUACAGCUGCUCAACUUUUGGAGCACCCUUUUGUGAAAAAUGUUGCUCCAAUGGAGAGGCCAUUUUUUUCCACUGAGCCUUUAGAAGAUCUACCUCCAAUUAUGAAUUCAGGAAGAUCAACGGCAAUUGGACCUGCAAGACAUGUUUCAGGCUUUGACUCAGAAGGGAUUGCUCUCCAUCAAUCUAGAGGGUCCAAAUUUGGUUCAGGGUUCAGCGAUGUCCAUACAAUGAAGAACUCUUCAUGCCCAGUGUCUCCUAUUGGGAGCCCUCUUCUCCAUUCAAGGUCCCCACAGAAUUUGAGCGGAAGGAUGUCUCCAUCUCCUAUAUCUAGCCCUCAUACUGCAUCUGGUUCAUCCACACCUCUCACUGGUGGUUGUGGUUCCAUCCCAUUUCAUCAUGCAAAGCAGCCUAUUACUUACUUGCAAGAAAGCAUAGGAAUGAUCCCUAGGUCCCAAAGUAGUUUCUAUCCCAAUAGCAGUAGCCCUUAUCAGGAGCCAAAGCCUGGCCUAUUUCGAGGUGUGUCGCAAGCCUCUUGUGUUUUCAGGGAAAUAAUUUCAUCAGAAAACAGUGUUCUUGGAAAUCAGUUGGGACGACCUGAACUCUAUGAUGGGCACCCUGUUUUAUUUGAUCGUGUGUCCCAGCAGCUCCUAAGGGAUCAUAUGACAUUGAAGCCAUCCCUGGACCUGAAUCCUAACUCAUCAAUUCUUGGCCGCUCCAACGGAAUCUAA